GAUGGUGCCCAACUGCAAACGAAAAUUACAGCCGAGGAGACCGGCGCCGCAGUUGGACAGGUAAAACCUAGUGUGGCUAUUCUGGCUCCUCCAGCGCCACCUCCCCCAGCGCCACCCCCACCACCGCCUAAUUUCAUGCUGAACCCGAGUUCACCUCCACCACCUCCUCCUCCACCGCCUUUCGAGAUUUCGAGUACAACUACACCUCUGCCACCGAGCUCUUCAGCUGCAUCGCUCGAUAAUGAUAGGUCGGAUCUGAUGGCAGCUAUCCGUGCUGCCGGAGGUGCGGGAAAAGCAAGACUCAAGAAAGUGAGUUCAUCACGACGUGCCGUCAAAGAGAGCGAGUCACUCAGCUCAUCUGCUUUGGCGGAGAACAAGUCGUCCAGUGGUGGAAAUGAUCUGAUGGCCUCGUUAGCAAAGGCUCUAGAGGCCAGAAGAAAAGCCAUAGCUGGAAUGAGUAAUCCGCGUGAUUAUAACAAAGGUGGAAAGGAGAAAGAGAUGAUCCAGGGCAACGAGGCGAUGGAAACAACAGCGGAGAUGAGGAAUGGAAGUGAAUCCUUCGAGGACAAGUGUCUUUAUAAGGGUUUGGCGACAUCGCUUAAAAAAUUAUAG